AUGCUGGCCACCACGGUGUCCCACGUGCUGUCGGGGCUCACCCAGAAGCUGGCUUGCAGAGGGCUGCUGGCUUCUUGUAACUUUUCAAAAGAAGUUAAGUUUGAAAUUAAGAGCUGCGACCUUUAGGGGUUGGAAGAGGGUCCUCCUGUCGCAACAGUACUCACCAGGGAGGAUGGGACCCAAUACUACAGGACAAUGCAGGUGGUUUCCCGCAGGGGAACUGAUCAGCUGUAUAAACAGAAAUGUAUUCGCGGUUUCUGUCGCUUGUAUGAUGGUCAGGAAGCUUGCUACGUGGGGCUUGAGGCAGGAAUAAAGCCCUCGGAUCAUGUCAUCACAUCCUAUCAUGGCAUGGGCUACACCUGGGGACUUAGCAUCAGAUCUGUUCUGGCAGAGCUGACUGUUCCGAGAGGAGGUUGUGCUAAAGAAAAGUGAGGCUGGAUGCACUUGUAUUCCAGUAAGUUCUAUGGGGGCAAUGGCAUUGUGGGGGCACAGGUGCCCCUAGGAGCUGGUGUCGCCCUGGCCUGUAACCAUGUGGGAAACAAUGAGAUCUGUUUGAUUUUAUAUGGGGAUGGUGCUGCUAAUCAGGGCCAGAUAGCGGAAGCACACAAUGUGGCAGCCUUGUGGAAAUUACUCUGUGUUCUCAUCUGUGAGAAUCAUCUCUAUGGAUUGGGGACAUCUGUUGAGAGAGCAUCAGCCAACACUGAAUAUUACAAGACAGACAAUUUUAUGCCUGGGCUGUGGGUAGAUGGGCUGGACAUUAAGUGUGUUUGGGAGGCGACAAAGUUUGUUGAUGACUAUUGUAGAUCUGGAAAGGGGCCUAUAUUGAUGGAGUUGCAGACCUACCGUUAUCAUGACCAUGGUACAAGUGAUCCAGUUCAGUACUGCACACGGGAAGAAGUUCAGAAGGUAAGAAGUCAGUAGGACCCUAUUUUGCUUCUCCAGGAGACAAUGGUAAAGGACAAGCUCACCAGUAUGGACGAGUUGAUGGAAAUCGAAGCUAACGUGAAGAAACAAGUUGAGGAGCCAGCCCAGUUUGCUAUAACUGAUCCGGAAUCACCUUUGGGUGAAUUAGGCUUCCAUCUUUACAACAGUAACCCACCUUUUGAAAUUCGUGGUCCGAAUCAAUGGAUCAAGUUGAAGUCCAUCAGUUAA